UUAUAUUCAUCUCUCUCUCCAUUAAAAAAAACAAAAAAAUACUAAAAAACUAAAUUUAAAUAGCGAGCGAAACCACAAAGGAGAGCGAAGAGAGUGUGCGCGUGAGAGAGAGAGAGAGAGAGAGAGAGGGGGGAGAGGAGGAAGAAGAAGAAGAAGAGGAGAGAGAGGGAGAGGAGGAGGAGGAGGAGACAAUGUCGUGGCAAACGUACGUUGACGAGCACCUCAUGUGCGACAUCGACGGCCAGCAUCUCACGGCCGCGGCGAUCGUCGGCCACGACGGGAGCGUCUGGGCUCAGAGCGCGUCGUUUCCUCAGUUCAAGCCAGAGGAAAUAACUAACAUAAUGAAAGAUUUUGAUGAGCCGGGAUCUCUUGCCCCCACCGGCUUGUUUCUUGGAUCAACAAAAUAUAUGGUAAUUCAAGGAGAGCCUGGAGCUGUUAUCCGUGGAAAGAAGGGCUCUGGGGGCAUCACUGUAAAAAAGACCAACCAAGCGCUGAUCUUCGGCAUAUACGACGAGCCCAUGACGCCGGGACAAUGCAACAUGGUCGUCGAGAGGUUGGGGGACUACCUCCUCGAGCAAGGCCUGUAGUUCAUUCGCAAACUCAUGCAUUCUUUCCACCCUUCUAGCUUCGACUUGAUGGCGAUCUUUUCCUCAAUUCUGCAUUCGUUUUGAGCAAUAAUCUUGUGAUUCAGCAAGAACGUAUGGUUCUUCGAAUUCUUUUGGUUUAUUUUUGUUUCAUUCCUUUUUUAUUCUUUUAUUCCUUCUAUUGAUACAUUUUUUGCACUCCUGUCUUAAGCAUUGUUUUCAGCUAAGCUGGGUUUUUUUUGGCUGAAAAUAGGAAUAUAUUCUCAUCAACUUGUGCUGUUUACUUCGAAUUAAGUUGACACCUUAUGGAA